CACGUAUCUACAUAUACGCUUCUACACGUCGGGAUACCAGAGACACGAGCUUUUCUAGGGGUUCCUUAACGAGCUUAGUUAACCCCCGAAGAGAAGCCAUAUUCGGUUUCCGUUGGACAGUACGGUGUUAAAAGCUCGUCGAGUCCUCAACCGAGAGCUGGACACGAAAUCACCUACCCCGCAGUCAGGGAGUUGAUCAACCGACGACUCAACGACUCCUGUGAAAGAUCAGUGGACCAACGUCGCGGUUUUUCACCGUGUACUUGAACGGGCGAAAACGCAGCCUAAUCGGAUUUAGUGAAGCACUUUGGAUGGUCGUUGCGUAAGUUUCUAAAAUCUACCUCGGCUGCGGGAAUUUCAGUCGUUUCAAAAAGACUUCGUCCGUGAUGCGCAAGGAGGCUGCAAGAUGAAGAAACGCGGUCGUCCCGACGUCAAGGAUCCGAGGGACGGAAGAGACGCGAGAUCUGGAAAGGAGGGAAGGGAGCCUACCAAACGCGAGGAGAAGGCCCAGGACAAUAUCGCGCUCGAAGACGAGGCCCAAAAUGAGGGAUUCAGCGAAUGGCUCCGUUCUAGCAGCGGUGUGGAACUGAUGCGCCUGUUCGUCGUCGCAAAUUCACUGGUUGUUUUCAUCACGAUGGCAUGGCCAAACAUGCAAGAAGCUCUCUUCAUCGUCAAAGAUUACAUAAUGGGCGAGGAGGACUGAGGGGUGGCCCUUUUUCAUUUUACCGCGGUGACCCGUAAUACCGAAUCAUCGACGAUCCGGGAUCAGAACUAUAGUAGAAGUGAAAUAAUUUUCAAGUCCUUGAUCGAAACCGAAAUCAAUAAAACGCUCCUUCGAAAGUGCAUCGAUCGCGGUGAGUCCGCGGUGACUCGACGUGCGGCUAAUUUGACCUCCGAUACCUCAGAUUUCGCGUCCUCGCGAACCAGCCGAUUAAUCAAUCAGCGAACAGUUCGGUGAACUUUACUCGAAGAUGUUGGCAUUUAUUUUUCGCGGUGUAUUCCUGGUCGGCAUACUGUCCUGGUACAGUACCAGCGUAUGGAAAAUGA